AUGGUGGUACCUGAAUGCAUCCCCUUCUCUCUGUCUUACAGGCUCUGCAGUCUGCGCCUGAAGAAGCUCACGGUGCUGAAAGAGCUGGACAAGGAGCUGAGCUCCGUGCUCAUCGCUGUGAAGAUCCAGGGUUCCAAGCGAGUGCUGAGAUCCAACGAAUAUGUCCUCCCACCAGGCGGCCUGAUGGAGACAGAGCUGGAGCUGACGUUCUCGCUGCAGUACCCACACUUYCUCAAGAGAGAUGGCAAUAAACUGCAGAUCAUGCUGCAGCGGAGGAAGAGGUACAAGAACCGCACAAUCCUGGGCUACAAGACCCUUGCAGUGGGCAUCAUCAACAUGGCUGAGGUGAUGCAGCACCCAACUGAUGGAGGGCAGCUGCUGGGCCUCCACAGCAACAUGAAAGACGUGAACAUCCGGGUGGCYGAAAUCAGCAUCUAUUCUCUGUCUAGCCAGCCCAUUGAUCAUGAGGAUGGGAGCGUCCCUUCUGGUCCUAAAAUCAAAGCUUCAGAUCGCUCCCCAGACAUCGAUAACUACUCUGAAGAAGAGGAUGAUAGUUUCUCCUCAGAGCAGGAAGCCAGUGAUGAUGCUGUACAGGGCCAGGAUCUUUUUGAUGAAGAGGACGACUUGAGAAAAACCAAGAAGGCCCGGAGGAAAAUGAUCCGAACCACCUCUAUGACCCGACAACCAAACUUUAAGCAGAAAUUUGUGGCUUUGCUUAAGAGGUUUAAAGUGACAGAGGAGGUCCUAGACUCUGACCCUGUGGACCAGACUCAAGAGGUAGAGGAAGACCUGGGCUUGCUCUAUGACAGCCUGGAGGAAUGCAAUAACAGUGACAGUGGCCCAGAGAUUGAGGACAACGAGAGUGUGCACAGCACACCUAAGCCCACCUUGAGGCGUUUCUUUGAGGGAGUCUCUCAUUCUGGUUCCCAGACUGAGAUCGGCAGUCUGCACAGCCAGAAAGGGCAGGAGCGAGAUUCGGGCAGCCCUGGCGAGGCGGACAAGUGGAAGCCGGGAGCGCUGCGCGUGCAGGAGGAGCCGGGAACGGAGGUGCCCGCGGUGGAGCUGACCACGGAGGAGCCCUGUCCCCGGCUGCCCCCCCCAGAGGUUGUGCCACGCGAGGGCAGCACAGACAGGCUGGGCCCCGGCGUCAAAGCUGAGCUGCCCGGCGCCGUGUCACCCAGCAAAACGGAGAGCAAGCAGCUGUGGCGGCCCCGCAGCACCUCUGUGAAAGACCGGCAGAGUUCAAAGGGACAGGGCGGCCGCACCAGCAGCCUGGACAGCGAGAGCUCUCCUGACUCGUGGCACAGCACCCAGGUGCCCCGCAAGUCUGUUUAUGAUCAGCUGAACCAGAUCCUGGUUUCAGAUGAGCAGCUGCCAGAGAGCAUUGUGCUGGUGAACGUCUCUGAGUGGCAAGGGCAGUACGUGAGCGAGCAGCUCCAGGCCCACAAGCAGCUGGUCAUCGCAACCUGCUCCGUGGCAGACAUCCAGGCAGCCUUCAACACCACCGUUGCCCGCAUCCAACGAUACUGUAACUGUAACUCCCACAUGCCUCCCCCAGUGAAGGUAGUCGUGGCGGGGGACCAGAGCUACCUGAGCGUCGUCCUCCGCUUCUUCGUGGAGCAGCUGGCCAGCAAGACGCCGGACUGGCUCAACUACCUCCGCUUCCUCCUUGUGCCCCUGGGCUCUCACCCUCUUGCCAAGUACCUGGCCUCAGUAGAUAACAAAUACAGCACCCUGUUCCUGGACACGGCGUGGCGGGAGCUGUUCAGCCGCGCCGAGCCGCCGAGCGCAGACACGGUGGACAUCGCCGGCCGCGUCGCACAGUUCAUCGCCGGGGCCAGCCUCUCGCACCAGCUGCCCAUCUCCGAGGCCAUGCUGACCUACAAGCAGAAGAGCCCUGACGAGGACUCGUGCCAGAAGUUUGUGCCCUUUGUGGGGGUGGUGAAGGUGGGCUUGGUGGAGCAGUCCUUCAGUGCCUCCGUGGAUUCAGACGACGCCACAAUCUGCACCCCGUCCCUGCUGAGCUCGACGCCAGCCACCGGCGGAGCAGUCCCCUAUGGCAAGGAGACCGUGGGCACCCCGCCGCCCUCGCCCUCUGUCAGCAGCGGCCUCUCGGGUGCUGGGUCCCUGAGCCCCAGCGUGGAGGUGAUGGGACUGCAAGUGGACUACUGGACAACCCAAGGGGCAGACAGGAAAAAGGAGGGCGAGAAGCGGGAGACAGGCAUCAAGAACACCCUCAAGAGCAACUUCCGCUCGCUUCAGGUCAGCCGCAUCCCCAGCACCGGGGAGCUGCUGCCACCCAGCACCAUGGCCAUGACUGUGGUCACCAAGGAGAAGAAUAAGAAAGUGAUGUUCCUGAGCAAGAAACCAAAGGAGAAGGACCUGGAGCCCAAAAGCCAAGUCAUUGAAGGGAUCACACGCCUCAUCUGUACAGCCAAGCACCAGAACACCAUGUUGAGAGUCUCCAUAGAUGGGGUGGAGUGGAAUGAUGUCAAGUUUUUCCAGCUGGCGGCACAGUGGCCAACGCACGUCAAGUACUUCCCUGUGGGCAUCUUUGGCUACUCAAAGAACGUGUGAGGCUCACGGCAGCCYGGGGAGCAAGCGGCAGAGGGAUGCAGGAGGAACUGGAGAGAUGGAUGUGAUUCUGUCCCCUCUUUUCUGCUGGGCAGCACUGCGGGGGGGCUGCAGCCCAGCCCCUGCCUGCUCUGCAGAGGGAGAUACCUCCUGCCCUGCUGCUCCUAGAGCAAAACCUGCGGAGGGGAGCC